AUGAAACAUUCUUGUAUUCAAUUGGAUGAUUUGCCAGAUGAAAUUCUUAUGAUUAUUUUCCAAAAACUCAAUCAGCUUGAAUUACUUCUCUCUUUAGGUGUCAACAAGCGACUAAAAAAGAUUGCAUAUGAUCAAAACUUUACAAGUCAUUUGACGUUAUUCAAACGUUUAUCAAAUGAUGAUAUCCAACCAUUGCCUGAUCGAAUAGUUGAUCGAUUUCGAUUAGAAAUUUUACCUCAAAUUCAUCAUAAAAUCAUGUGGCUUGAGCUUGAGUCAAUAUCUAUGGAACGCAUUCUUCUUACUACAAAUUAUCCUAAUUUAUGUGGACUUGGUUUACAUGGUAUUGACGUCGAAAAAGCUAUACUUUUCUUUACUGGUUAG